GUUUUUGGAACACGUGCGCUACCGAAUCACGCGAAUCGUGGAAUCACAACAGAAAGCACGAAAAACAUUCAGCGUGAUAUUUUUAGUUCACCGGCGUUCGCUUCGCGCUUCGUCGCAGUCUUAUCAGUCGAAACGGUAUAGAUUCAAGUGCGUAAAAUGUUACGAAAUUCUGUGAAAAGUUUACAAUAUUCCAUAAACCACGUGAGGAAAUCGUUCCAUCGUUCAGUGCUAUUGGUACGGCAAUGUUCCUCCACCAGCGGGAAGUUCGAAGCCAGCUCGUCGGAGGAGCUGUUCGAGCAGCUCAAGGACAAAAUCCGCUACAGCUCGUUUGUGGAGGACAACACACUGAAGCUGGGCUACCGGCGCAAUAAGAUCAUAGAGUCGCGGAUGGAAAAGGCUCGGCGUGAUCAUGCCACGCACCAGAUCCGGGCUCGUCCCUUCCCGAUCGCUCUGGAGCAGUUGUAUGGCGAACGGCUGCAGGAACCGUCCCCCGUGGACGCCGAGGAAUCCGAAGAGGUGGUUGACUAUUUCCCCUACCAGAAGCUAGUGCGGAAGGUCGAGAGGGCACCCCGCGAGGAGAUCCCCGAAGAUGUGGCCCCGACAACGGGCGAAUGGAUGUCCGACUACGAGUACUACGAUGAGGAUGAAGACGACGAUCGGAAGUCGUUCUAUGGGACACCGGAUCCGCGGGAACCGGUUUCGAACAUUCCGUGCGGUGGUUGCGGAGCGUUGUUGCAGUGCGCCGAACCGAGCAUUCCCGGCUAUCUGCCCAGUCAGCUGUACAAGGGACGGACGAAGCAACAGUUGCAGAUCAGCAUUUGUCAGCGGUGCCACUUUCUGAAGAAUUACAACACGGCCAUCAACGUGACGGUGUCGCCGGACGAUUACGUCGAGAUGAUAUCGUCGAUUCGGGACAAGAAAGCGCUGGUGUUGCUACUGGUCGACCUCCUGGACUUCCCGUGCUCCAUCUGGCCAGGCCUAUCGGAAAUUCUUGGCCCAAGCCGAUCGAUCAUCGUCGUCGGAAACAAAGUGGACCUAAUUCCACGCGACUGCCCGGGCUACCUGGACAACAUACGCAACAAUCUGACCAAAACCUUCCUGGAUGCCGGCUUCACCAAGAACAACAUCAAGCACGUUUCCCUCAUCUCGGCUACCACCGGUUACGGAGUCGAACAGCUCAUCACCAAGAUCCACAACGUUUGGGGAACUCGCGGCGAUGUCUACCUGGUCGGCUGCACCAACGUUGGCAAGAGUUCGCUCUUCAACGCGCUGCUCCGAUCGGAUCUUUGCAAAGUUAAAGCUUCCGACUUGGUCCAACGGGCAACGGCCUGUCCCUGGCCCGGAACUACCCUCAAAAUGCUGAAAUUCCCCAUCCUGAGACCUUCCGACUACCGUCUGUAUCUUCGUUCGAAGCGCCUCCAGUCCGAACGAGCCAUCCUCAUCGAAGAGGAGAAACUUCGCAAGCACCAAGCCCGGAACACCGGAUCUCCUCAGUUUGCCACCCUCAUCGGACACAUCGGUCAAACCUUCGCCCCGGAAAAGUCCGAGGGCUUCGAUCACUUCUCGGUAGCGCAAAGGGGCGGCGGUGCGGCGCCCAUCCUGACCCUGAACGAGAAAAGCGAGGACUUCAUCAACAGCAAAUGGUGCUACGAUACCCCCGGAGUGGUCCAACCGGAACAGAUCACGAAUCUCCUGACCACCGACGAACUUCUCCUAACCCUACCGAAGCAAAUGAUCCGCCCGAGAGCCUACCUCAUGAAGACCGGACUGACCCUAUUCCUAGCCGGUCUCGGUCGCCUAGACUACAUCGAAGGUCCCGAGUCGACCCGCGUUCUCCUGUACGCUUCCCCGAACCUCCCAACGCUGAUCUGCGACACCGUCAACGCGGAUGAAGUCUACCGGAGUCUCCUGGGCACGGAGUACCUCCGCGUGCCACGAGCCGACCCGGAACGGUUGGCCAAGUGGCCCCCGCUGCAAGCCGCACCGGACAUACUCCUGUACGGCGAGGAGAAGCACGUAUCCGUGGCCGAUGUGGUCCUAUCGUCGGCCGGAUGGAUUGCCAUCAACCUGCCGGCCGAAUCGGAAGCGGUGUUCCGUGCCUGGACCCCGGAGCGGAGGGGCAUUUUCGUCCGGCAGCCGGCCCUGCUUCCCUACGGAAUGGCACUCAAGGGCAAACGGAUACGAGGUAGUUUGGCGUACCGGGAAGGAGAUGCAUUUACCAAGCAAUGAGGCAUGUGCACUAGAUGGUGUGUAAGUACUUAUAAGUCGAUUUUUUAUAAUAUUGCAAACACGUGGUUGGGGCUAAACAAACGCGUUGAUGUGAUCCGAAAUUCCUUGGACUCGGCUGUAAUAUCAUCAACAUGUACAGAUCCAAUGAUACAAU